AUGCCUGUUGUCACCCCGGAGAAAUUAGCUGCUCUGCAGCGGCACGCAGAUGAUAUAAGAAAUAUCUGUAUCCUUGCUCAUGUUGAUCAUGGCAAGACGUCCUUAACGGACGCUCUCCUUGCUACAAAUGGCAUUAUUUCGCCAAAGCUUGCCGGCAAGAUCCGGUAUCUUGACUCACGACCCGAUGAGCAAAUUAGGGGUAUCACUAUGGAAUCUUCUGCCAUCUCCUUAUACUUCUCUAUGCUCCGAAGACCUGCUCCAGAUGCUGCACCUGUACCUAAGGAAUACUUAAUCAACCUAAUAGACUCACCCGGACACAUUGAUUUCAGCAGCGAAGUAUCAACCGCAUCAAGAUUAUGUGACGGAGCUGUUGUGCUAGUCGAUGCCGUCGAGGGUGUUUGUAGUCAAACUGUCACUGUUCUCCGUCAGGCGUGGAUGGAGAAAUUAAAACCUCUUCUGGUUUUCAACAAAAUAGAUCGACUGAUUACCGAGUGGAAAAUGACUCCAGGUGAAGCUUAUAUCCAUCUAAGCAAGCUUCUAGAACAGGUGAAUGCCGUUUUAGGAAGUUUUUUCCAGGGAGAACGUAUGGAGGAGGAUCUGAACUGGCGAGAACGAAUAGACGAGAAAGUCGCUGCGGCUGCUGCAAGAGAAUCAAAACUCGGAGAUAUCGAGAGCGAAACGGGAGAUCUACAAUUUGAGGAACGAGACGACGAAGAACUAUAUUUCGCCCCUGAGAAGAAUAACGUCAUAUUUAGCAGCGCCAUUGAUGGCUGGGCCUUUACCGUGCGACAAUUCGCUAGCUUAUACGAGAAGAAGCUCGGUAUUAAACGAAGUAUUAUGGAAAAAGUGCUAUGGGGUGAUUUCUACUUAGAUCCGAAGACUAAGAAGGUUCUUGGGCGAAAACAUUUGAAGGGCCGUAAUUUAAAGCCUAUGUUCGUCCAGCUUGUGCUUGAGCAAGUUUGGGCUGUAUAUCAAGCAACUACCGGUGGAGAUCAUGGAAAGGGCGACCCGGCUCUGCUCGAGAAGAUAACAAAAUCGUUAAACAUCACAAUAGCGCCGCAUAUUGCCAGGUCACGAGAUCCCAGGUUACUACUUACAACGGUUUUUUCAUCGUGGCUACCACUAUCAACAGCUCUUUUAGUGUCUGUCGUGGAGUCUCUACCAUCUCCAAAAGUAGCUCAGGCUGAACGUUUGCCUGAGUUGCUAGAAUACUCUCCCGGUUCAUCUCACAUCGAUCCACCUGUUAAGGAUGCGAUGGUGAAUUUCAAAACCUCAAAAUCAGACCCCGUGGUUGCAUACGUCAGCAAAAUGGUUUCCAUACCCGAAAGCGAACUUCCGGGGAAUAAGAGGCGAACUAAUCAGCUCAGCGCCGAGGAAGCCAGGGAACUGGCCAGGAAAAAACGGGCAGAAUUCGCUCGUGCUCAGGCUGCAGAAAGCAACGGGGUGGAUUCCCUUACUACGGCUCUCGAUAGUGCGAAUCUAGAUGACUUCGUACCCGAAGAGGAGAAAAAGAUCGAUCCAGAGCACUUGAUAGGAUUUGCACGGAUAUAUUCAGGUACUCUAUCAGUUGGAGACUCACUUUAUGUCUUGCCACCAAAAUUCUCUCCCGCAAAUCCUCACGCGGCCCCCGAGCCUCAGAAGGUGACUGUAACGGCUCUAUAUAUGCUUAUGGGCCGCAACUUGGAAUCGCUUGAUUCUGUCCCGGCUGGUGUCGUUUUCGGCAUUGGCGGCCUCGACGGCCAUAUCCUAAAAUCGGGAACCCUAUGUAGCCAAUUGGAAGGUUCCGUCAAUUUAGCGGGCGUGGGCAUGGCGGGAAAACCAAUCGUGCGAGUUGCCCUUGAACCGGUUAAUCCAUCUGAUCUGGAUAAGAUGAUCGAGGGUCUUAAGCUGCUUGUGAAGAGCGAUCCGUGUGCGGAGUACGAGCAAUUCGAAAGCGGCGAACACGUUCUGCUUACAGCUGGUGAACUACAUCUAGAAAGGUGUUUGACGGAUCUGAAGGAGAGAUUUGCAAGGUGCGAUAUCCAGGCCGGCGCGCCUAUUGUACCGUAUAGAGAGACAAUUGUGCGCGCGGAAGAAAUGAGACCACCAGCAAAUAAGGAAUUAGGACGCGGCGUCGUUGUUGGCGUCACGAACUCGAAACAGGUCAGCAUCACAAUUCGAGUACGGCCAUUACCCGAAAACGUUACCGAGUUCCUCCUCAAAAAUCCGGGCGCUAUCAAACGUCUUUACUCAGAACGAAAUGCGCUAGAGGAGCCCGAACAAGAAAAUGGAAUCGACGGAGAACAGAAAAUCGAGGAUGAUGAUGAUGAUGAUCUACUCGAAGGCAAAAGCAUAUCUCUCGACGAGUUGAAAAAACAACUACAGGCGAAUUUGGAGAGCGGCAAAGGGCGUGAGGGGUGGAAGGGUGUCAUCGACAAGAUAACAGCUUUCGGACCGAAGCGAACGGGUCCAAAUCUACUAAUAGAUGCAACUAAAGACAGCUAUUUUCCCAAGGUGUUCGCUCCGGAGAAGCAAGCGGAUGACAGCAGCCCGAAGGCAGACGAGACACUCAAGGCCGCGCAUCUAUGCGACAAGGUUACAUAUGCAUUCCAGCUGGCCAUGAACCAAGGUCCGUUAUGUAACGAGCCUGUGCAGGGUGUAGCUGUCAUAAUCGAAGACGUGACCGUUGCGCCAACGGACGAGGAGGCAUCUGCACGGGAUCGUCUUGGCCGGCUUACGGGCGAGGUCAUUAAGACGGUACAGCAAUCUAUUCGCCAGGGCUUUUUGGAUUGGUCUCCACGCCUUAUGCUCGCUAUGUAUUCAUGCGAGAUCCAAGCAAGCACCGAGGUCCUUGGACGCGUAUACGAUGUCAUUACGCGACGUCGCGGCCGCGUUCUCUCAGAACAGAUGAAAGAAGGCACGCCGUUCUUCACUAUCCAGUCGACGAUCCCCGUGGCGGAAUCAUUCGGGUUCGCGGAGGAGAUGCGCAAGCGCACGUCAGGUGCCGCGCAGCCGCAGCUCAUCUUCCAAGGGUUCGACAUUCUGGUUGAUGAGGACCCGUUCUGGCAGCCCUUCACCGAAGAUGAUCUCGAGGAUCUAGGUGAGCUUGCUGAUAAGGAAAAUGUUGCCAAGAGAUAUAUGGAUGGCGUGAGGAGGAGGAAGGGUCUGCUAGUUGAGGGUAAAGGCCAGAGGGUUGCGGCUGAGAAGCAGAAGACUCUGAAGAGGUAA